AUUAUUCUUUUUUUAAAAAAAAAUAAUCUUCAUUAGUUUCAGUGAAGUCAAUCACUGAAUCACGUCAAUGACUUUAUACCAAUUUUCUCUCCUUCCUUUUAGGCGUUGAGUCUAAUUUUAAUGUAAGUCGUUACCUAAUCUUCUUGUGUUAACCACCCAGGGUCAUUUUGAACUGGGCAGCCUUAUAAAUUUAUAAACAAAUUCAAUCAUCUAGUAGGUAAAAAUAAAGUAGCCUUUUAAAUUCAGUUGCACUUUCAGUGGAUUAACAUGAUGCUACUGCCAUGGCUGGAAGAUUGCCUAUGGAACAUCUUCCCACCUUCAAAGGGUUAAGGGCAAAGAUCCAUUGAUGAAAAAAAAAGAACACCACCACCUAUUCCGAGGCCUUGCAAUUUUUUUCCUUUGAAGUCCAUUUAGAUCUUUGUUCUCUUGCAACAUUUUACCAGGCUAUAAAGAAAAGACUUUUGUUCAAAAGAGUUGGAGCACUUGACCCGCUUUAAUCUUAGUCAGACUUUGGACUGGUUGGUCAGGUUUAUUUAUAAACUAGGGACAAAUGACAAGAAUGUUUUUCACUGAUUGAAGGUAUUCAACCCACUUCUCAGCUGCAUGAGACUUUUGAGCAAGAAGAGACAGCACUGAACAAAAGGAAUGGCUGAAGAAAAUACAGUCAUCUCUCUUGAGCUGAAAGAGAAAGAAGGCUUGGACAACAAUGGCUUUCUUCAGGGUGAGGAGAUAGAUCUCAAAGAAGCAGCUGAGGAAGGGUCACCAAGGCUUGGUCCUCUGGUCAUGGAAGGAUUAACUCAGCAGCCUUAUGCAGGAAUGCCCAAAGAGGUGCUCCUUCAGUACUCCACACAGGCACGCUACAGGGUUACCAGAGAAAUACUCUUCUGGUUGAUCAUUGCAGCUUCACUGGUGCUUGUGGCAGCUACGGUCACAAUCAUUGCCGUGUCCCCCAAAUGCCUUGAUUGGUGGCAAGCCAGCUCCAUUUAUCAGAUCUAUCCGCGGUCAUUUAAAGACACUGACAAAGACGGGAACGGUGAUCUAAAAGGUAUCCGGGAAAAACUAGAUCAUAUACAGUAUCUUAAUAUAAAAACAGUCUGGAUCACAUCUUUUUAUAAAUCAGCUAUAAAAGACUCUGUAUAUGGAAUAGAGGAUUUUCAAGACAUAGAUCCAAUCUUUGGAAGCAUGAAGGAUUUUGAAGAUCUGGUUGCAGCAAUCCACGAUAAAGGUUUAAAAGUGAUAAUGGACCUAAUCCCCAAUCAUACAAGUGACAAGCACAAGUGGUUUCAGCUUAGUCGGAAUCGGACUGGAAAAUAUACGGAUUAUUACAUCUGGCAUAACUGUGCUCAUGUCAAUGGGAUCACCACUCCUCCAAAUAACUGGAUGAGCGUCUUGGGAAAUUCCAGUUGGCAGUAUGAUAUUGUGAGGAACCAAUGUUAUUUUCAUCAGUUUGGAAAAGAACGACCGGAUUUAAAUUUUCGUAAUCCUAAUGUUCAGGAAGAAAUGCAUGAUAUUAUUGAGUUUUGGCUUGGCAAAGGAGUUGAUGGAUUUAGCAUCAGCACUGUUAAAUUCCUCUUAGAAGCAACACAUCUGAGAGAUGAGCCGCAAGUGAAUAAAAGUUUCCCGCCGGAAAACAUCACAGCUUAUGCUGAACUGUAUCAUGACUACACCACGACCCAAGUCGGCUUGCAUGAUAUAGUCCGCAGUUUUCGGCAUACCAUGAAUAAAUUCAGCAGUGAACCUGGUAGAUACAGAUUUAUGGCUACAGAAACCAUUGAGAAUAACAUUGAAGAAACUAUGAUGUAUUAUGGGACAUCAUUUAUUCAAGAAGCUGAUUUUCCUGUAAAUUUCCACCUCAAGAACCUAGAAUCAGUUUCAGGAAACAAUAUAUCUGAAAGUAUAGCUUUGUGGAUGAAGAAUAUGCCGCAAGGAAAAUGGCCAAAUUGGAUGGUUGGAGAUUCCAACACUGCUAGAAUAUCCUCUCGGAUUGGAAAAGAAUAUAUAAAUGUCAUAAACAUGCUUCUUUUAACCCUUCCUGGAACACCUGUAAGUUAUUAUGGCGAAGAAAUAGGGAUGGAAGAUGCAACUUCGGAAACUGCACGUUUUCUAGAAAAAGCUCCAAUGCAAUGGGAUGACAGCCCUCAUGCUGGCUUUAGUGAGGGCAACUCAACAUGGAUAGCAGUAAAUCCUGACUAUCAAAAUAUAAAUGUGAAAAUUCAACAAAAUCACUCAAAUUCCACACUCAACUUGUACCGAGAACUCAAUUCCCUUCGGUCCAGUGAGCUUCCCAUUCAAAGGGGAUGGACAUGUUACAUAUGGAAUGAUAGCAAUGUCUUUGUUUAUGUAAGAGAACUUGAUGGGUUGGAUCAAGUGUUUAUGAUGGUUCUAAAUUUUGGAGUGGGAACCAUAACAAAUCUGCAAUCUUUGGUUCCUGGCAUUCCUUCAGAAGCUAAUAUAAAGCUAAGCACCAUUUUUAGUAAUACUGGGAAAGUUGUAAACAUGAAAACAAUUGAAACGCAAAAAGGUGAAGGACUUAUAUUGGAAUAUAGGACAAGCAAAUCAUUCCAUAUGAUGGACAAUUUCAAAGAGAAGUGCUUCGUUGCAGAAAAGGCAUGCUAUUCCAGUGUCUUUAAUUUACUUUACAUGUACUGUUAAGUGUCAUUAUUUAAUCUAAAUCCAUUAGUUGUUACUAAUUGGAACUAAGAUUACAUGUUACUUCUUUAUAAAAGAUAUGCCAGUUUAUUCAUAGAUUUCUAUAGGCUUAAUCUAAUUCUAAAGGGAGAAUUAGAAUUACCUAAGAAGUGCAAAAAAUAACUAGUAGUUCCAAUGUACUGUUUACUGUACUUAGCUUAAAUGAUUGCUUGUAAAAUUACUUUCCUAUUAAUUGUAAGCCUUUUGAGAACCAUUCUAGCUGGCUUUCAUAGUUCCUUCAAUUCUCACAUUCUGUGAAAUUGUGUGUUUCUAUUAAAUGUGUACCAUACAUUUUGUUUCUUAUCUAAUGAGGGGAUAUGAUGGUAAGUUUAAACUUUAAAAUAAGAAAAAUACAUUCUCAUAUAAUAUUCAUACUACAUUGGAUUCUAUAAUAUGCUCUAGAUAAACCCUACUUUCAGGACAAUCUGCAAACUUGGACUGGCCCAGACUGCAGGUGCUAGGAUUAUUGAAGAAUAGAGGGUACUGGAACAUAACCAAUUCAAUCAUGUACUUGUCAGCUUCUUUCCAGGUUCACUUCAUGAUGUGUGUUUGAUCUUUAAAUCAAAGAGCAAUAAGAUCAAAGAUAGUUUUAUUUCUCUCUCUGCAAACACUAUUUUGGUAUAGAUAAUAUUUCCUUGCAUUUCACUCAACAGCAGAGAAAGGGCUUUUUCACUUGUUUGCCAUAUAUUUUAGAAUAACUUUCCUAAAAAGAACUUAGCCUUCGCUGCCUGUUUUUCAGUAAAUG